AUGCCCGCCUCAGUCGCAUCCGCGCCCGUCAAGCGCACCACCAGCAAGCCGACCGCCGCGAGGAACGCAAAGAAGUCGACAGCCGGUGCGAACAAGAAGCCCCAGACAAACGGCGCAGUCAACGGAGCCGCAAAUGGCGCAUCGCAACCCCAAAUGUCCCCCUACACCAUCAUGGCCUCUCGAAUCGCCAACCGCGUCGCCGAAAUGGCUGAAAACAUGACCUUUGUCGAACGCGAGAAGCCCCAGCCACAACUGCAAAACGGCACUUCGCAGGCGUCGUCCAACUCUGGCCGCAAGCCCCCGCGCAAACUCGAAAUGCGCAUCCCCAACAGUGGCGCUUCGCCCACAAACAUCACCUUCAGCGCCCCCUUCCUCGAUAACACCCUCGCCAAGCUGUUGACGCUGCAGAACCGCAUGCUGACGGUUAGCAACGACAUUGCUGCGUGCGAGGACGUGGAUGAAAAGACCAAGCAAGAGCAGUUUGCCCAGAGCGCCGAACUGAGUCGUAUCAUUGCAUUGAUUUGCGCGGAAAAGGCUCGGCAGGGUGCUUAA